UUCCCGACAACAGAUUUCAUCAGCGCAAAGCCGCGAACUGUGAGUUUCAGACUAAAAUCUCCAUCAAACUGUACCAGACGUUCUCUUUCAAAAUACCUGAAUCGUUCCCCUGAAAUUUGCUCUACGAAGAAGCUCUGACUGGAUUCUGCUGGUAAAAAGGAAAAGAACCAGUUAUGGCGCUUUCCUUCGAUUUGCAGGACUUUAUUCUCCGUGCUCGGGUAUUGAAGCUAUAUAGGCAAGCGCUGAGGACCACUCGAAGAGCCCCUGUUCAUGCUCGAGCGGAACUACGGCAGACGAUUAGACAGGAGAUGGAGAACAACCGGAACUGCAAUGACAAGCAAAAGAUUCGUUUUUUUAUUAGCGAAGGAUUAGAGAGACUGAAAGAUCUUGGUGAGAUGUUAGAUAUGCAAGGUCACUCUUAGCGGGGGUACAGCUGCCUUUUUUCCCUUUUCUUGAUGAAUCAUGGUUACAUUUUAAUGCGUUGAUGAUUUGAUUAUUUUGUUGAAA